AUGCUACUGAACUACUGAAAUUCACACCGUGCAAUAAUCUCCUUUAAUUUAAUAAUUCUAGUACCCUGUAUUUUGUUCUCAAAACUUGCUGGUGAAAAUGGAGGCAUACAGAAAGAGCCACAGAGGGUCGUCCAUGAGAGGAAAAUCCUUGCCUUUCUAUAGAAAUGCACCAAAAUUAGCUUCCUCAACCACCGUGCAAUACACAACAACAGCUUCAGAUAUUAAGACAAAUCACUAUUCUUCUUCUCCUGCCUCAGUAGGGUUCGUUGUCCACGAGGACUAUGCAACCACAAAGCGAAAUCCGAAGCUUCGCAUUGUGGUUGCAGACAGUAGGAGCAAUUUGGAUGAGUUGUAUCGCCAGCCAGCCGAUGAAAGCGUGGACACCAAAGCUGAAAUAUAUAUUGCUAUGGUUCAGAAACGUUUGAUGCUUGAGCGAUAAAAACACAUAAAGCAAAUAAUGUGAAUUUCAUGCUUAAGAAAUCCGGUCAUCUAUCAAUUGUUAUUAGUUGCUAUAUGUAUUUUAGUAGCAUUUAAUAAAUAUUAGUACCUUUUUUAAUUUGGGCCAAUUUUUUGGCACUCUGUAGAGAUAAUUAUGCUAUGCUGUAAUAAUUAAGUAUGCUAAUGUUAACUAGUAGUAGUUUGUUUGGCUUAUAUAUAUGAACACGUUUGGCAAAUUAAAA